CAAACUGGUGAAUACCCUCCAGGAUACGUUCAGUAACCUUGGUGGGGAACUGGACAUGCCUCAGCUAGUCGUGGUCGGUAGCCAAUCGGCAGGCAAAUCCAGUGUCCUCGAGACUAUUGUAGGACGAGAUUUUUUGCCUCGCGGGCAAGGCAUCGUCACCCGUCGGCCACUAGUCUUGCAGCUCAUCCAUACACCAGUUCCAGAACCCUCUGCCGCAUCCUCCGAAUCUAGCUACAAGGAAUGGGGCCAGUUUUUACAUAUUGAUAAACGAUUCACAGACUUCGAUGAAAUUCGUCGAGAGAUCGAACAGGAAACUUUCCGAGUAGCUGGACAGAAUAAAGGAGUAAGCAGACUGCCAAUAUCCUUGAAAAUAUACAGCCCGGACGUGUUGGACUUGACCUUGGUUGAUCUUCCAGGCUUGACAAAAAUCCCAGUAGGUGACCAGCCUAGCGAUAUCGAGCGGCAGAUACGCAGCCUCGUGCUGGACUACAUUUCGAAACCGAACAGUGUGAUAUUGGCUGUUUCAGGGGCAAAUGUAGACUUGGCGAACUCGGACGCACUGAAAUUGGCCCGCUCAGUUGAUGUUCAAGGACGACGGACAAUCGGAGUCCUGACGAAGCUAGACUUGAUGGAUGCAGGGACAAACGCACUGGAUAUCUUGACGGGGCGUGUGUACCCCCUCAAAUUAGGAUUCAUAGGUGUUGUGAACCGGAGUCAGCAGGAUAUCAAUGCCGAAAAGAGUAUGGGAGAUGCCUUGGAGUCGGAGACAGAGUUCUUCCGCAACCAUCCUGUUUACAGGAACAUUGCACACAAGAACGGUACAAAGUAUCUUGCGCGGACUCUCAAUCAGGUGUUGAUGAACCACAUACGUGAUAAGCUCCCGGAUAUGAAAGCACGAUUAAACACGCUGAUGGGGCAAACACAGCAAGAGCUGAACUCCUUCGGCGAUGCGGCGGUGUUCGGAGACAAAAACCAACAAGGGGCUCUGAUACUGCGGCUGAUGACUCAAUUCGCUCGCGACUUUGUUUCUUCGAUAGAGGGUACGAAAGUUGACAUCUCGACGAAAGAACUGUCGGGAGGUGCACGCAUCUAUUACAUUUUCAAUGACAUAUUUGGGCAUGCCUUGGCCUCGAUUGACUCUACACAGAAUCUCGAAAAUCAAGACAUCCGGACUGCCAUCAGAAACUCAACAGGCCCGCGGCCCAGUCUGUUUGUACCUGAAGCUGCAUUUGACCUCCUUGUAAAGCCACAGAUCAAGCUACUAGAGGCGCCCAGUCUACGGUGUGUAGAAUUGGUAUACGAAGAGCUGGUGAAGAUAUGCCAUAAUUGCACUAGCAUGGAACUGGAGCGAUUCCCUCGACUACAUGCUCAACUCAUUGAGGUAGUGUCAGAGUUGCUGCGCGAACGCCUUGGUCCGACUUCGGAGUAUGCACAGAGCUUAAUUGAGAUUCAAGCAGCCUAUAUCAACACCAAUCAUCCCGCUUUCAUAUCGAGCUCCGCGGCUGCGGCUCAGGCUGCGAAUUCUCCGCCUCCCAAAGCAAUUGCUCCAUCGCGACCCAUUAGUGCAGAAUCCGUCAAUGGAGGUUCAGCGCAUGAAGAUGAGGAAGAGUCCUCAAAUGAAGAUAGCUCUGCAGUAAAUGGUAUCCCCGCUCGUGACGGGCGAUCGGUGUCUUCCACCGUUCAUGAUCGUUCGAGGCCGAAUGCCACACAUGCGAGUACGCUGGGAAAACAGUCAUCGAGGCAACACAUUGCACAAGCUGCUCGUUACUCUUCCGGUCACACUCAGCAGCAGCUGGGUGCACCCGGCUCGUCCCCACAUACAGCAAAGGAAACAUUCUUGAAUUACUUCUUUGGCCAAAAUGGACCUGGGCCUGUCGCGGGUUCCAGCAUGGACAGGUCGCAGCAACCGCCGGCGCCUAUAGGACGAGAUAUGUCCAGUGCCGAAGCGUCUGCCCCCACGGGAUUGAUGGCCGGUAAGAGAAGCUUGAAUGGAAACAACGCGGCCUACGACAUGAAGAGCCUCGGUAAACACAUAGAAGCCAUUUCGUCUGAAGGAGGGCCGCAGUUGACAAUGCGAGAAGAAAUGGAAACGUCUCUGAUCCGGUCUCUCAUCGCAUCUUAUUUCUCGAUUGUGCGACAAAGCAUCCAAGACCUCAUCCCCAAAGCAAUCAUGCAUUUCUUGGUGAACCACACGUCGCAACAGGUGCAAAACCGAUUGGUGGCAUCGCUAUAUAAACCUGAUUUGUUUCCAGACCUGCUUAACGAGGAUGAGGCACUAGUUGCAGAGCGUACGAGGGUCAAGGCUUUGUUAGAUGCAUACAAGGAGGCAUUCAAAGUUCUUUCCGAGGUCAGCCUCAAAUCCACAUAGAGAAUACACAUUCUAUCUAGAUAAUACAUACACCUCCCUCCACUCAUCUUCGCCAUGGAUCAGGUAAACUCGACCCCGUUGUUCUUUGUUAGUUGUUUGCACUAUAGUGAAUAUAAUGACCCUGUAAUGACCUUUCGUCGAGCUUCCAUUCCAGACCAUUCUUACAGGGUAGACCACUGCC